AUGGGGUACUACCUCACAGAUGGUAUUUAUCCAAAUUGGGCUACGUUCAUUCAAGGAUUUUCUCGUCCCCAACUUGAAACGGAAAGGUUGUUUGCUAACAGACAAGCGCAUGUUCGUAAGGAUGUUGAACGUGCGUUCGGAGUUUUGCAAGCAAGAUUCGCCAUUGUACGACAACCAUCUCUGGCUUACGAUGAAUAUAUAUUAGGCGAUAUAAUGAAGGCUUGUAUCAUCUUACACAACAUGAUAGUUGAGGAUGAACGAGAUAUGUAUGUCCGAGCUGAUGUGUUACGAAGGUACUAUGAAGAAGACCUUUCGAGCUUAACCGCAACAGUGAAUAAUGGUGAACCCUUUGAGUUCCAGACUGGACAACCCUACUCCAUUAACGCAUUAUUGGGGAGAAUAACAGCUUUGCGUAGCAGUCAAAUUCAUCACUCUUUGAAAGAGGAUUUAAUUGAGCAUAACUGGCAAAAAUAUGGAGGCAAUAAUCAUUAAACUCAUGCCUCGAAGAAGAGUUGUUAUUUUAGUGGUUGCGUUUGAUUUAUCGUAAUUUUUUUUAAUCAUAUUUUGGCUUUAUGAUGUUUUAGUUUAUGACAUAGUGUGUUUAGUUGUUGUAAUGUUUUAGUUAUCCGAAACUUGUCUUGCUUUAGUCCAUCUAUUAUGUAUUUAUUCAAUUAUGUCCCUUUAUUUUAUUUAAAUUUAUGAAAUAUUUUAAAUAAAA